GAGGCUGCAGCCGUUACUCUGGGUCUGGAGGGGCUAGCUGACAAAUCCAGGAUGAAGCUCCUUUUCGUGGCUGCCUUUGCACUCUUUGUGCUGUCGACCUUGGACCAGGCUGACUCCUCGGCUUAUGACAAGAUAGUCUACCACAGUCGCAUCAGGGCGAGAAAAGAGGGACCCAAUGUCUGCGCUCUCCAGCAAGUCAUGGGCACCAAGAAGAAGUACUUCAGCACUUGUCGUAAUUGGUACCAAAAAGCCAUCUGUGGAAAGAAAGCGACGGUGCUUUACGAGUGUUGCCCUGGGUACACGAAGAUGGAGGGCAAGCGUGGUUGCCCUGCAGUGGCUCCUAUUGACCAUGUGUAUGGCACCUUGGGUCAGGUGAAAGCCACCUCCACCCAGAAUUACGCCGAUAUUUCGAAGCUGAGGCCCGAGAUCGAGGGACCUGGGUCUUUCACCCUCUUUGCCCCGAGCAACGACGCCUGGGAGAAAUUGGAUGAGGCAGUGAGGGGUGCACUGGUCAGCAAUAUCAACAUUGAGCUGUACAACGCGCUGCAUUACCACAUGGUCAACAAACGCCUCUUAACCAAAGAUUUAAGGAAUGGAUUGAUGGUCCCCUCCAUGUACAAUGAUCUCGGUCUCCUUAUUAACCAUUACUCCAAUGGGGUGGUGACGGUGAACUGCGCCAGGCUUAUCUACGCCAACCAGGUCGCCACCAACGGAGUUGUGCACGUCAUCGACCGUGUGAUCAGCGCAGUUGGAAACACCAUUCAGGACGUCAUCGAGGUUGAUGACGACCUGACAACUCUGAGCGAUGUGGCUCAUAGCGCCGGGCUGCUGGAGAAGCUGGGCCAGCCAGGACAUUACACUCUCUUUGCCCCCACCAACGAAGCCUUCGAGAGCCUCGGCACCGACGUGCUGGAGAGACUUCAGAGCGACAAGCCGGCCAUCCAAGCUCUUCUGAACUUCCACCUGCUGGACUCCGUGCAGUGCUCUGAGGCCAUCAUGACCGGCAGCUCCUACGAGACUCUGGAGGGCAACAACAUCGAGAUCGGCUGUGACGGUGAAAGUCUGACUGUCAACGGCGUCAAGAUGGUGCUCAAGAAGGACAUCGUCACCACCAAUGGUGUCAUCCACCUCAUCGACAAAGUGCUCAUGCCAGACUCAGCCAAGCAGGUGAUGGAGCUGGUGGGAAGUUCCCAGUCGACCUUCGGGGAUAUGGUGUCAGAGCUGGGCCUGUCCGCCGCCAUGAGACCUGACGCUGAGUACACGCUGCUGGCUCCUCUCAACGCUGCCUUCACUGAUGAAGUGAUGUCCAUGGACCAGAGGCUGCUCAAGAUUAUUCUGGAGAGUCACAUCCUGAAGCAGAAGAUCGUUCUGGGACAGCUGUACAACGGCCAGCGGCUGGAGACCAUCGGGGGGAAACUCCUGCGAGUCUUCGUCUAUCGCACGGCUGUGUGCAUUGAGAAUUCCUGUCUGAUCAGGGGAAGCAAGGAAGGAAGCAACGGGGCCCUUCAUCUCAUGAGGAUUCUGUUGAAGCCGGCGGAAAAGAACAUGUUUGAGAUUCUGAGAGAAAAAGGAGGGUUCAAGAUCUUUUUGUCUCUCAUGGAAACUGCCGGCUUGACCGACCUGCUGAGACAGGAGGGAGACUUUACUCUGUUUGCCCCGAGCGAUGAGGCCUUCGCUAGUCUGAGCGAGAGGGAUAUGUCCCUGUUGAAGGACGACGUGAACGCUCUCAGAACCAUCCUUCUGUACCACAUCAGCAACGGUGUCUUCAUCGGCGGCGGUUUGGAGACCGGGGUGACGAACCUCCUCAGGUCCCUCCAGGGCAGUAACCUCAGAUUGAUGUUUGCAAACAACAGCAUGCUUGUGAAUUCUGUCCAAGUCCCCAAGUCUGAUAUCAUGGCUACAAACGGAGUCGUCCACUUCGUCAACCAAGUUUUGUAUCCCGGAGAUAUCCCAGUUGGAAGCCAGGAUUUCCUCAUGCUGUUGAAGAGGCUCGUCACUUACAUGCAAAUCAAGUACAUUUCCGGAUACAGAUAUCAGGAGAUUCCCCUCACAUUCAUGAAGAGGAUCAUCACUCACGUCAUCCAGGAAGUUCCCGAGGUGACCAAAGUGACGCGGGUCAUCGAAGGCAGGCCCUCCAUCACCAAGGUCACCAGGGUCAUCGGAAGCCAGCCCUCCGUCACCAAGGUGACACGGGUAAUCGCGAGUAACUCGACCGUCACCAAAGUCACCAGGGUUCUCCCAGGCCCUCAGUACUCAAGCACCACCAACAUCGAUCUAGAAGGCGGUGACUUCUCAUUAACCGACAGCGAAAGACUUACCCAAGCCAUCCAAGCUGGCAACAGGAGGAGGGAUUGAGCGUGGACGGAUGGAAACGUCGACCUCGUAAAAAAAGGCCAAGUGAGACUCCAAAGCCCAGGAGGUGGAGACGCUGUGUUUCAGUGCGGGGGGACACACGUAAAAUGUCAAUAAUUUCAAAUAUACUGUAAAAGGUGUAUAGGCCUAACUGACAAAAAUAAAACUAUUCUCAUAAACAAGUUAAUGGUGCUUUGAAUGUAUAUCUCAUGUGAGUGUGCAAUGUCUUGUUUGUGCGUUCAAACGAACAUUCUGGCGUGAGUUUAAAGACGGAGCAAGGCAGGGUAGCAAUAAAAUCUUUUAAUAAGCCAUUAGGGGAGCAGCACAAACAUUUCAAUUCAAAACUAUAGGACUUUGACUUUGCUGGAGGUGGAGGUUGAAGCUGGAAGAUUUUUACUGGCUGUUUGGGAAGAUUUACAAAUCUCAGCAUGAUAGAGAUUGAAAUUUGUGUUUUGUUUGGUUUUGACUAUAGUUGAUGCGUUUUUUACUUUCUCUGGCUGUAAGGUGCUUUAAGAUUCAUGUGAGUUUGUAACAUUCGGUACAAUGUGGACAACGGCAGGUUUUCUCCGUUCUGUUUUCUCCCAAUAAAAAAAUCUUUCUUUGGUAUAAA